AUGAAGUCUGAUAGGAGGCAGGUGCAUGACUGGAACAUAGCAGGUGAUCCACUGGGGCAGUCUGGGCUUUUAUCAAGCAAGUUCAGCCUUCAGCAAAUUGCACUGGUCAAUGAAUUAACAGAGGUGAUGGCCAAAACUGUUGCCAAAACAGUGAAGGUGGUUGCUAGUGGUGGCUCUGACAAUGAAACUCUCAUCCUGGUGAGACGGGGUAUUGCAGAGCAAUCUUCUUUUUAUUCAAACCUUGGAGAUGUCAGCCACGCCAUAGAUGGCAGAAGGAACGGUAACUUUGGGGAUGGACGCUGCACUCACACUGUACUUGAAACUUCCCCCUGGUGGAGAGUAAACCUGAGGGCCACCUACGCCAUCUCUUCGGUGGUGGUCUACAAUAGACAGGACUGCUGUGAUGACAGAUUGAAUGGGGCUGAAAUCAGAGUUGGUGACUCACCUGAUGUCUCAGAGCAUGUCAAAUGUGGAACAAUUGAGGAGACCUACCCUGGAUCUGUUCACACCAUCUGCUGCCAUGGAAGGAGAGGCCAAUAUGUCAGCGUUGUCCUGCCAAACCAGCUUCAGUAUUUGACACUUUGUGAAGUGGAGGUCUAUGGAGAAGCCAUUGACCAAUCCAUGGAAUAUGGCUCAGCAGAUAUUUGA